CCCACCUGUUCCCCCAUUCUCGCCACCCUUUACAACUUUCUCGCAUGUUCUUUGUCAUUGGAACUGAAGUGCUCUCUCUCUCUCUCUCUCUCCGGCAUAGAGAGGCAGCCAAGCCAGCAGAGACUAAUAAGUAGUAAAAGGUUGCAAAAAAAAAAAAAAAAAAAGGAAUAAUGGCGCUAUGGAUGGAAACUGGGUCGGAGCCCACCACCCAAUCCGAGAAAGAUGACCUUGAAGCUAUUGAAGCCCUCAAACACUCUACUGCCCUUGAACUCAAGGAAAAUGGUAACCAGUAUGUCAAGAUGGGUAAAAAACAUUACUCUGAUGCUAUUGAUUGUUACACAAGGGCGAUUAAUCAGAAGGUUUUAAGCGACUCUGAACAGUCAAUUCUCUUCUCAAAUAGAGCCCAUGUGAAUUUGCUGCUAGGAAAUUACAGACGCGCUCUAAUGGAUGCUGAGGAGGCAAUUAAGCUUUGCCCGACAAAUGUCAAGGCACUCUACCGAGCUGCCAAAGCAUCUUUGUCAUUGAACUUGUUGGUUGAAGUGAAAUCAUUUUGUGAAAAAGGACUUGAACAUGAUCCAAACAACAAAGAACUAAAGAAGCUUGCAGAGGAGAUUGAUUUACGGAGGUUAGAACAUGAACAGCGUGAGGCUCAAGUUUCCAGGGCUGUUACUGGGGCUAAGGAUCUUGUUUCCGCGAUUGAAGAUAGAGGAUUGAAGAUUGGGAAGGCUAUGUUCCAAGAACUUACUGGAUUAAGAAAGCCAACAUUAGAUAAUAAUAAUAUUCUUCACUGGCCAGUUCUUCUUCUGUAUGCGGAGGUUAUGUCCAGUGACUUUAUUGAGGACUUCUGUGAGACCGACAUGUUUUCAGCUCAUCUUGACAUGAUGUUUUCAGAUACUUGUCCACCUUUGCCUUGGGACAAAGAGAACAAUUACACCCGUGAAUCUAUUGAGUUAUACUACGAGGCUGGUUCUGGAGUCUGUCUAUCAAAGUCAAAACUUCUUCGUUAUCUCCUAGAGGGAACUGCCGCUUCUCAUGUAGAAAGCAUUGAUGUAGAUGAGAAGGAUGCAACUGAGGGUUUGAAUCUUGGAAUCUCUGCAGGCGAAGGCUCAAAAUGGGUAAAAGUAGGCGAGAAAAGAACACUUCACGACGUCCUGAAAGAACCAAACUUUAUUAUUCCUGGGAUCCCAGUCUUUUAUGUUGUUUCAAAACGCUCCAGCUUCUAUAAAGAAUUCAAAGCAGGGAAGUGGGUUCCUCCACCUUAAGUAAUUAAUUAGGACAGUGAGUAGCAUAUUUUUUUUUUGAAGUGACAGUGAGUAGCAUUGAAGGUUGGCGAUUUUGUAGAUGCGCCAAAGCAAGCAAGCAAUCUUCAUAGUAGGACUUGGAUAUGAAUUAUGUUGCUAUAUAUGUCACCACCCAGUUAAAGAAAUGGUGUUAACACUUCGGAGGUCUAUGCUGUUGCCAUCAUCAUCAUUGAAGACAAAGGCUUUGUAAUUUUCCUAACGUGUCAUUAACUUAGGUAAUUUCACUUUUAUAAUGCUUGUACUAGAGAGUAGAGAUUUGUAAAAAAUAAAAUAAAGGUUAAAUUUUGUUGCACA